AUGCAGGGUUGCUUGAUGCAUAGUGGGGGAUGUAAGCUGUCUAUUGAUGCUAAAAGUGUCAACAACACCAUGCCAUGUUACAGUGAAUCAGAAUCAAUGGUGACAAGCGAAGAAGAAGACAUGGAAAACCGGGGCGUUAAACGUUGUUCUUGGAUUUCUGCCAAUUCGAGCUCAACCACCAUCAGCACUGUGUCUCAGAAUGAGGCACGGUUUAUGGAAUUUUUGCAUCACGCUGGCGAGUAUAUUACGGCGGAAAGAAAUGGUGUUUAUGCUGACAGCAAAUAA